AUGGACCAUGACCGCCUCGUCCAGCCCGUGCGCACACUCAAACGGGCACAAGGAGCGUCUGUGUCUCAUUUAUUGCGUCCACAUGUUGUCGACAAGGAAGAUGCUUCCAGUUUACAGAAUUCCGCACACCCGUCACCCCAUACGCUCACAGAUUUUGCGACAUUGUCCACAGAAUCUUCGUGCUCUGCUUCUUCCUCUUCCCCGUCUUUCUCAUUUGGCAUCGAUGCACCCGUACCUGCUGCACGCAGUGCUGAGACAACUGGUGCUGGGAGUCCAGAUAUGCGACACUCCACUACUCUGACAAGAAAUGAUCAACUUUGUGCUCUUGGGACAGGAUCACAGGUUCGAAAAUCUCCGACGCGUGGUUCACCCCAGUCAUCCUUGUCGAAUGAUCCGGCAGAGGUUCUCCUGGAUAUUAAUAGCGAGCUCCUCAGGGUCAACCAAGAGUUUCACGCCCGCAAUCUCGCCCAGACAAUGCCGUCCGAAUUGAACAUGUACAUUACGCGCUUCCAGUCGAACAUUACCUGGAUGAUCCAGCAUACUCAGGCAUUUCAAACCAUGACAAUCCCCGGCUCCCAAAUUUCACUUCCGACCCUUACUCCACCACCAUCCGUCUCAUUCACCUCGACAGACCGUCUGCAAGCUUUAUACGCGCAUUUGCCCUCGCUUUUUUCCAAACAGCUCAGUCGGGAGCAGAGAAAGCGUCAGAUUCAAGAAGUACUCUCAUCUCCAGAGUGGUCAGGGCAGUCAUCGUCUGCUAAGUCGCCUUCGGGCAUCCAAUCGCCCUCCCGCAGGAGUCACGACGCGAUGGAGUUCGAACUCCCGUCAAAUUUAGACGCAUCCAUAUCUAUGGAGGUUAACAAGAAUGGGAAACGACCACGCACAGAGGAAGAUGAAGGAAAUCUGGGAAGCGAGACCCCUUCUCCCAAUGCAUCAGUUUCCUCUCCUCCUGCAAGUGGGAGUGGGAAUGGAGGCAGUCAUUAUAAACGGAUCAGUAUUGGUGGUGGCACGCGUCGUCGGCCAAUGAGCACCUCGUCCUCUUCGUCUUUGUCCAUACCAGCGAUGCGUGUUUCGCCACCCAGUUCAUCAGACACUGGAUCUUCUUCUCCCGAGGGAAAUAAUGCGACGGUGAGACAUAGGGGCGAACGUGAAGAUAUGGACAUUGGGUCACCCAUGUACGUGACCAGUAGUGGUGGAGAUCGGUCAAUGGGUCCACCCCCUGUUCCUGCCAAAGCAUUUGGCACUGCAACGGAGGUGAAAAGGGUACAGAAUUUGGGGUACGGUGAAGAGCAUCCGCGGACGCCUCAGAGCCCUUCGAAUCAAGCAUCCACGCAACCGAUUCAAACUGACAACCCCAGUCGUAGUCAAACCGAUUCAAUACCAUCCCCGUCUAGUUCAUCUAUGAAUCACCAGGCGCCUAGCCCACCUCCCCGUUCCGACACUCGCUUCGCACAAGACGUAUUUAGUGCCCUUCCGCUCGACAUCCGUGAACGUCCAGGACCACCCAGAAACCUUAUUCCUACCCUUCUUUCCAUGAUCCAAGACUCGACGCACAAAGAGGUCCCUUCUACCUUCAACGGAACGGGAUACAUGGUCGAUCGGUCAAAGGGCAACAUCUCGGUUCAACUUCUGCGCAGUCGAGUCAAGGAUUUCGACGCGCUCCCUACUGGCAAAAAGAUUGACCUCCUGUGGACGUUUCAGCGGAAUCAGCUCGCGUUGUACAAAAAGGUGUUGCGUUCGCGGGAGAUGGAGCGAGAAAUUCAGGGAAAGGAGGCUGCGAAAAGGUCUGGCGGGUCGAGUUUACUUGCCCACGGGACCCCGCAACAGGAGCAGCCGCAGCGAGCUUUGGCGGAUCCUACUAUGCCGCCAGCGGCUGUCCCAUUGAAUUCACGUCAUACGACGGGUCGUGGCGGAGGCUUGGAGGCAUCGCCUGCGCCAUCUACGAGUUCGAACUCAAGCUUGGAACGGACACAUUUUGGAGCACCGACGGCACCAAGUUCCACCGGCAACGCUACAUCGCCACCCUCCACGCUAGAUGCAGGCACGCCAUCUGCUUUGGCCCCUAGUACUGGUUCUACACCUGUCCCUAGUCAUUCUACCUCCGCCAUCAUACCUUCUAACCCUUUGACAUCUAUUUCUACACCACCUAACAUCCCAUCGCCAUCUUGGGAUUGGAGUACAUUGUUCGAUGCCAAUAGGGCAAUGCCCUCGAGUCUUGCUGCACCUCCCUCUACAUCCAGUCGUAACUUGGAAGGCGGUGAUGGGAUUGACCCUCUUGCUUUUCUCUUGGCUGCGUCAGACCCUUCUGCAACUUCGCCUGCGAACACAAUUGGGAGUUCGAGGACCGUACCGACACCGCAGGAGAUUCAAAUGCAGAUCCAACGAGAAAGGCAGCAAAAUCAACCGCAAAUGGCUGUUUCGCCGCUGUCCAUGGUCGCUUCGCCUACCUUUGUCGACGGACUCUCGCCCGCUCCAAGCAUGAGCGCUGUGUCCCCUACGAAUCUCAUGGGAUAUCCGGCUGGACCAGGAGUCGGGUUGGAGGGCUCUGUGUCGUCGUUCUUUGGCGCCUCUCCUACUACGACUCUUGUCGACUCUCCCGCGGCGCUACUUAGUGGUGGAUUGUCGCCAUGGAAUCCGAGUCCAUCCGAUUCUACCAUUUCACAGAUGACUUUUGUGGAUGGGGCUCCCCCGGCGACGGAUUACCUUCUCUGGUAA